AUGGCCGCCGUCCAACCACCUGCUUGCCUCGCGGAUCUCAAUGACGAUCUGUUGAGGAAGAUCAUCAGUCGGCUGGCCGAGUCUGAACUAGCUUCCGCGGUCGCCCUCAAAAGAUGCAGCAGCCGCUUCAAGGACCUCGCCGCCCCGCUGGUGGCAAACGCUGUGUCAGUUACAAACGAGAAGUGGCAGAGUGCAGCAUCCAAAAUCGGCGGCCCAGUCGGAGCUAAGAUAACAGGCGCCCUCGAACGCAAUGAGGUGCUGACGUCCUUGGACGUGGGCGGCAACAAGAUCGGGCCAACCGGCGCGACCGCAAUCGCCGAGGCGCUCAAGGGCAACGGGGUGCUGACCACCCUCGACCUGAGCGGCAACGAGAUAUGCAGCAUUGACGAGGACGGUGAUGGUGAGUACGAUGCGUCCGGCAUCGUUGCGCUCGCGGACGCCCUCAAGGUCAACGGGGUGCUGACCUCCUUGGAUGUGCGCAACAACAAGAUCGGCCCCACCGGCGCCACCGCGAUCGCCGACGCCCUCAAGGGCAGCGGGGUGCUGAAAACACUCACCCUCCGUUCGAACAACAUCGGCGACGAGGGCGCGAAGGCGAUCGGCGGCGCUCUCGCAGUCAACGAGGUGCUGACGUCCUUGGACGUAAGCGGCAACAGAAUCGGGCCAACCGGCGCGACCGCGAUCGCCGAGGCGCUGCGCGUCAAUGCGGUGCUGACCAACCUCGAUAUCGCGUACAAUGACAUCGGCCCCGGCGGCGCCGAGGCGAUCGCCGAGGCACUUCAGGGCAAUGGGGUGCUGACCACUCUUAACUUGUCAGGCAACCCAUUAUUCCGCGGCGGCAUCGGCCCCGAGGGUGCCAGCGCGAUCGCAGAGGCCCUCAAGGGCAACAAGGUGCUGAACACUAUCAACCUCCGCGGCAACUACCUUGGCACGGAGGGCUGGUGCGCGAUCUUCGCGGCGCUGCGAGACAACAAGGAGAACAAGAUCGAGUCAUGGGACCUCUCACGGCAGGGCAUCGACGUGGAGGUCGCCAAGGUGCUAGCGGAGUACGUCUCCGGCAGCGCGGUAUUGACCUCCUUGGACGUGGGCGGGAACGCGAUCGGCGACGAGGGUGCCACGGCGGUGGCCUCCGCUUUGGAGGUCAACGGGAUGCUGACCAACUUGAACCUCCGUCGCAACCGCAUCCGCGACGAGGGCGCGGCUGCGCUGGCCUCCGCUCUUCGCGUCAACGGGGUGCUGAAAAACAUCGACCUCCGCUACAACAGGUUGGGCGACGAGGGGAAGGGAGUAAUUCGAGAUGCGGUGAGCGGGCGGGAAGGGUUCAAGCUCGAGAUGUGA